CUUACUUUUUCAUGUUAAGACAAGCCCUUUUGAGCUCAAGAGUCAGGACUCAGUAUCAAACGAAAAGACAUUUCUCUUUUGAUGGACGCAACAGAUUGUCAAGCUACUUUAUGCCUUCCACAAAAGACAAGGCAACCACUGACAGUUUACAAAGUCAUGCUCUUUUACUACAAUCAGGAAUGAUUCGACAAAGUGGAGCAGGAAUAUAUUCUUUACUGCCGCUAGGACUUCGAGUAAUUGAAAAAAUUGAGCAGAUCGUCGAUGAAGAGAUGCGAUCGAUUGGCAGUCAAAAGUUGUCUUUACCUAUUUUACUGAAUCCUGACGACUGGAAAAAGACCGGAAGAUGGGAUGGAGCAGCAGGCGAGUUCUUUCGUUUAAAAGAUAGAAAAGAAUCCGAUUUGCUUCUUGCACCAACUCACGAAGAAGAAAUUACCCGUCUUGUAGCUCAUGAGAUACGAUCACCUAAGCAUUUACCCAUUCGACUAUAUCAAAUUGGCCGAAAAUACCGUGAUGAAUUGCGCCCAAGAGCAGGUCUUUUAAGAGGCAGAGAAUUCAUCAUGAAGGAUCUCUAUUCUUUUGAUGACAGUGUAGAGGCUGCUUUUGAAACGUAUGAGCAAGUAAGAGAGGCAUACAAGAGAAUUUUUACAAGGAUUGGCGUGCCUUUUGUUGUUGCAGAGGCAGAUAGUGGCAAUAUCGGUGGAUCAAAGUCCCAUGAAUACCAUUUAGUCUCUCAAGUAGGUGAAGACACGCUAUUAACGUGUUCAGGCUGCGGUUAUACUGCGAAUGAAGAACUUGCUGUUGGAAAACUAGCUACUACCAACCAACGAUCCAACGAGACAAAAGAGAACGCAGUAACAGCAUUGUUCAAGAGCAGUGUAGGAUUUAACCAGACUUCUAUUGAUGCUACAAUCGUAUCUUUUUACGAACCUAAUGACACCAGAGAGGGUAUUCAAGGAUAUGCUGCAGUGCUAACACCAGCUGGGCGACCUGCCAAUCUGUUAAAAGUGCAGACAAAGUUAAGCAAGCACUUGAAAAAGACGCAACAGCUAGGACAAGUGUCAACCAUUGAAAUGAAAACUAUAUCAGAAGAAAUGUUAAGGCAAAUUCCAUCAAACACUCUUGUUUCUCAACUUCAUUUGUUUUUGGAUGACAGUAUCUCAAGUGGUGCUACUAAUUCUUUAUCAAGCAGUAUCACAGUACAUCCUGCUGAUCAUUUUAGAGUAGCAAAAGAAGGAGAUCAUUGUACCUCCUGUGACAAGGAACUUUCGAGCGUCAAGGCAAUCGAGUGUGGUCACACGUUUUACUUGGGCACAAAAUAUUCCAGUGCUCUUGACUGUGGUUACCGUAAACCUAAUGGUGAGAAAGUUUUUGCUGAAAUGGGAUGCUAUGGCAUCGGUAUUACUAGAUUAUUAGCUGCUGUAGCUGAAGCAUGUUAUGAUAAGAGAGGUGUUGUUUGGCCAAGAAGCUUAGCUCCAUACAAGGUGUGCAUUAUACCAACUGAUGAUCGAAAGGCUGAGUUUAAGGAAAUGGCAGAAAAAGUUUAUGAUAAGCUGAACAAGACUUUCAAGGGUGAUAUCGUAAUUGAUGAUCGUCGAUCAGGUUUUGGUGCCAAAAUGAAGGAUGCUGAAUUAAUUGGUUAUCCUUUUACAAUUGUAGUUGGCCAAAAGUCAUUAACAGAUGAAUCAUUGGUUGAACUUCAUGAGCGAGUUCAGUAUCAAGAAAGUACAAAGAGUGAAGUUUGUCUUGAUGACUUGGAAAAGGGCUUUCUUGUAGAAAAAUAAAUAAACUGUACAUAUUAAACCUUUUAUUUGCUUUAACGUGCGCAGCAACGAGUUUCUUUUAUCAAUUAGUUGAACUUCUAACCACAGAAAUUUUUGAUGCUUAAUAAAAAAAAAAAAUAGAGAAACAAGUAGAUUGCAAGGUUUCCCUUUUUUUUAAAUUCAUUUUUAUGGCUGAUUUCAACAUAAUCCAAGACAGCCAUUCACCUACGACAUUAAG